AUGGCAGACACUCACGAAAACCCCACGGCCAAUGGCGACACGCAACCCCCAAAGAAACAAAUCCUCCUCAACGCCUUCGACAUGUUCACCCCCGGCCAUCUGUCGCCAGGGCAAUGGAAGAACCCAUCGGACCGCUCCACCACCAAGUUUGAGUCGCUUGACUACUGGAUCAACCUGGCGAAACUCUUGGAGAAGGGAGGCAUCAACGCGCUUUUCUUGGCGGAUACGUAUGGCGGAUAUGAUACGUACGAAGGCAGCUUGGAUGAAUGUGUGAGGAGGGGAGCGCAGUGGCCGGUGGGAGAUCCUGUUAUUCCCAUCUCAGCAAUGGCCGCCGUAACCAAGAAUCUCGCUUUCGGCAUCACGGCUUCCACCUCGUUCGAGCCUCCCUUCUUGCUGGCGAAGCGGUUUUCGACGCUUGAUCAUUUGACCAAAGGCCGAAUCGGUUGGAACAUCGUGACGAGCUGGAAGAAGAGCGCUUUCAAGGCAAUUGGUCUUGAAAACCCGAUAGAGCAUGACCAGAGAUAUGAGCAGGCUGACGAGUACUUGAGGGUGUUGUACAAACUCUGGAACGCAUCCUGGACCCCCUCCGCCAUCCAACUCAACCCGUCCUUAGACACCUACACCGACCCCUCCCAAGUCCGCCAAAUAAACCACUCCGGCAAAUACUUCCAGCUCUCCACCCCGCACAUCGUGCCCCCCUCCCCGCAACGCACCCCCUUCCUCUUCCAAGCCGGCACCUCCUCAGCAGGAUCCGAGUUCGCCACAACCCACGCAGAGGCAGUCUUCGUAUCUUCCCAUUCUCCCUCGGUCUUAGCCCCGAAAGUGAAGAAGUUGAGGGAGUUGGCGAAGGAGAAGGGUCGCGAUCCAGCUAGUUUGAAGGUCUUCGCAACGUUCACUCCCAUUGUUGGUCGCACGGAAGAGGAAGCGCAGCAGAAGUACGAAGAAGCCCGCAAGAACGCCAGCGUCAUCGGCGGACUGGUCCUCUUCGCUGGAUGGACGGGGAUUGAUAUCAGCCAGUUUAAGGAUCUGGAUCAGGAGAUUUCGGCGUCGGAUUCGAAGGAGAAGAACAAGAUUUUGUCGAUUCUGGAUAACUUCACCACGCCCUCGGAAGAAGUGCCCAAAUGGACACCCCACGUGGUAGCCGAGCGCGCGGCCAUCGGCGGGCUGGGACCGGUGGCAGUGGGGACUGCGGAACAGGUGGCGGAUGAGAUGGAGCGGUGGAUUCGCGAGGCGGAUAUAGAUGGGUUCAAUGUUGCGUAUGUGACGACUCCGGGAACGUUUGAAGAGGUGGUGGAGUUGUUGGUGCCGGAGUUGAGGAGACGAGGCCUUUAUGCGGAGCAGGAGCCUGAGGAAGCGGAGGCAUGGACGGCGAGAGAGAAGGUGUAUGGAAGGGGACAGAGGCAGUUGAGGGAAGAUCAUGUGGGGAGGAAGUAUGAUUGGGAUGUAUACGUGGAGGAGGAGCCUUGUAAGGCUGAGGAGGAGGGCAAGGAGGAAAAGGUGGAGGCGUGA